AUGAGUGGCUCACAUGUUGCCCGAGGGGGUUGGUCUGCAAAAGUUAGCGAGUCUUGGGAAAAGUCCGCCAACAUACUGUGCUGUGCUACAAUGAUGUGGACCUCGAAAGGAUUUCCCUCGUUACCUCGGCAAUGCGGUCAGUGGAUCCAGUACAAUCUUAUUUAUUCAUCCAGGGCAAUCCCUUUCUUGAAGGAAUAG